CAAAAACAAAAAGAAAAAUAUGGCUCAAAAGCUUCAUUUUUCUAUCCUUCUUUUUUCUUUGUUCAUCCUCUCAUCAACUUCCCUACCUUUCUCAACCAAAACUAACAAGAAAGCCAUCGAUUUAUGGUGCAGCCGAACCCCAUAUCCCGACGUAUGCAAAAACUUCUUCAACGACGGUCAAUUCGACCCGAAAAAUCUCUUAGAUAUCCAAAAAACAGCUCUCAAAAUCGCCAUGGAAAGAGCUAUAAGAACCGAAACCCUCACAAAAGCCUUAGGCCAAAAGUGCCGCAACAAGAAAGAAAGAGCUGCAUGGGCUGACUGUUUGGAGCUUUACCAAACCACAAUCCUCCACCUCAACAAAACCUUCUCCGACCAUUGCUCCAACUUCGACAUCCAAACAUGGCUCAGCUCCGCCUUGACCAACCUCGACACGUGCCGUGCUGGGUUCGUGGACCUGGGGAUCAAAGAUUACGGCGUAGUCUUCCCUUUUUUGGCGAACAAUAAUAUCACAAAACUUAUAAGUAAUAGUUUGGCUAUGAAUAAUUGUUCUGAGAGUGAUGAGGGGAAUACGAGUGAUGAAGGGUUUCCCAAGUGGGUUCGGGGUGGGGACAGACGGUUGUUGCAGGCGGCGGAGCCUAAGGCAGAUUUGGUGGUGGCGCAGGACGGGUCGGGGAAUUAUAAGACGGUGCAAGCAGCGGUGGACGCGGCGGGGAAAAGGAAAGGGAGUGGGAGAUUUGUGAUACGUAUUAAGAAAGGAGUCUAUAAAGAGAAUGUAGUGAUAAAAGUGAAGAAUUUGAUGCUUGUUGGAGAUGGAUUGAGAUAUACAAUUAUUACUGGGAGUAGAAGUGUUGGUGGUGGUUCUACUACUUUCAACUCUGCUACUGUUGCUGUGACCGGUGAACGUUUCAUUGCUCGUGGGAUCACAUUCCGCAACACCGCCGGACCCCAAAACCACCAAGCUGUUGCCCUUCGGUCAGGCGCCGAUCUCUCGGUCUUCUUCCGGUGCGGCUUUGAAGGAUACCAAGACACUCUCUACGCCCAUUCACAGAGACAAUUCUACAGAGAAUGCUACAUAUACGGCACAAUCGAUUUCAUCUUCGGCAACGCGGCCGUCGUUCUCCAAAACUGCAUGAUCUACGCAAGAAAACCAAUGCAAGGGCAACAAUGCGUUGUCACAGCCCAAGGCCGAACGGACCCAAACCAAAACACAGGGAUCUCAAUCCACAACUCGAGAGUGAUGGCUGCAGACGACCUAAAACCGGUUAUCAAGUCGGUUAGAACGUACUUGGGGAGGCCAUGGAAGGAGUACUCGAGAACGGUAUACUUGCAAAGCUUCAUGGAAAGCUUGGUGAAUCCAGCAGGGUGGUUGGAAUGGAGUGGUAAUUUUGCAUUGAACACAUUGUAUUAUGGAGAGUUUAAGAAUUAUGGGCCUGGUUCAUCAACUGCUAAUAGAGUGAAAUGGAAGGGUUAUAGAGUGAUAACAAGUGCGAAUGAAGCAGCUAAAUUUACAGUUGGGAAUUUCAUUGCUGGGAAUUCAUGGUUGCCCGGAACUGGAGUCCCAUUCACUGCUGGGCUUUGAAGAAAACAUAAUUAGUUCAAUCUGUGAUUUUAAUUUAAUUUAUGAAGAGAGGAUUAUGAUUUCAUGUAUCAAAUUGAUGGGGAAUUCAUUUUAUUGUAACAUGUAUUAAUAAUAAUGUGUUGUUAUUGGGGAAAUUUAUGAUAUUAUUCUUUGGUUUUGGUUUGUUAAUUA